UCAUAUUUUCCUUUGACGGCUGUCAAAUCGUGACGAUUGCGAUUUAUUAUUUCGAAGUUCGUGAAAUUUACACGACGCGUCGAAAGUUUUGUUUUACGUUUUAGCAAGUUUAGAACUCAAAAAAUGACUUUAUCAGAAUACUCUCAUUUGAAACACCAAAUCGUUAUAAGUGUAGGGUCUAGUGAAAGACACGUUCAGUUGAAGGAUGCACUCAAGGAGUUAUUUAGAAAUGAAAUAAACUCCCCUAGAAGGUAUGAACAGAUCAACAACAUUAGUCAGCUUUUGAACGUGUUGGAGCUCCGAGAUGUUUUGUCUGAAGAUAAUGUGGAACCACUAAAGAAAAUUGUUGAAAGGCUUCCCAAUUGCAACGACCUCAUGAGAAAGAUCUUGCAAUACGAAGCAUCCCAUGUGCCUAGGGAAUACGAGAAUUACUAUGCUUCAGAGAAUACCCAAAAUACCUCUAACAGAGUUGUUAAUGAAAGCUACAUAAAUACCAGCCCAUUUGGAAAUAUGAGUCCUAAAAAAAAACAAAGAAUUAUUGAAACUGUUGUGGAAGAAAUUGGCAAUGGCUGGACAGACCUUGCAAGAAACUUGAAGAUUCGUGAAUGUGACAUUGACGACAUUGAUGCUAAUAAUAAGUCAAUUGCAAGAAAAUCUGCGAAGCUUAUGGAGCUUUAUUUAGAAAAGAAAGCUGAUCCUGAUAAAUGGUUUUUUGUUUUGUGCAAUGCUUUAGAGAAAACAAGAAGAAAAGACUUAACAAAGUCUAUUCAAAAGAUUUUGCUGAUGAAUUUGUAAGAAAGACUACAAACUGCUGUGAUAAAGUAACAAACUACUGUUGUAGUUUUGUAUGUUCCAACUUAUUUGAUGGGUAAAAAUGGGUGCCUGAAUAUAAGAUACAACAAUACUUAAAUAAAAAAAUCUAAAAAAGAUUCCUGUUCAUUUGUAAAUCUUUUUUUAUUAUAAAAUAGGCUUGUGUUCAACUAUUUGUAAUUGAGGCAGUCACUGAUAAUGGAAUAUGGUUGUAUAGUCUAAUAUUCUUUUAAUCUAGCCAAUCUCCAUGGUCUAACUAUUGAGUCUGGAAAACUCGAGUCAAAAAAGUAUAAUCAAAGUAUAAUAAUGACAGUUCUCUAAGGCCCAUAUUAAAAACAUUGAUGUUGUAUAAUAAUAUAUAAUUAUGUUACUAUAGUAAAAACUAAUUGUGAGAUCUAGAGUUGUUUUCAAUAAUAAUUUUAAUUAGUAACAGUCAAAAUUAUUAGAGUACCUAUAGGAAAAUUAUUUGAAAAUAAACAUUACGUUUAUAUAA